UCGAGAUAAUGGCGGUCCAGGUUCUAAAUAAACUCAAAAUCAUCACCAAGCUAAGUUGAUUGAAGCUGCGUGAGGAAGCUAGCUAGGGUUUCCGUGGAAAAAAAUGAUUUACGACGUCAAUUCUCCUCUCUUCCGCUCAUUCCUCAGCCAGAAGGGUGGCUCCUCCGACAAGAGGAAAAUGGAGGAGCAGAAGCCAAAGGAUCAAAAACCCAAAGCAAACGAGAAUAAACCAGUCAUGACAGAGUAGUAGAUGCUUUGGUUUAAGAUUUAUAUGCUUUAUAAUUAGAAGACAGUAGGGUAUUGGAUGUUCUAAAGUUCUAAGAUGCUUGCUAUGACAACUCUAGUUUGUUGUUGACGUUUCAAAAAUACCAUGAUUAAUGGUUCUUUUUGUUUGUUCGAGUCGGACUGACUCUGGUUUUCAAGCUUGUAUCUUUUCAUUUCAAUAUCAAGAAUUUUUACUGUCUUUA